AUGAAGAGGGCGCAACAGGAGGACGCCCAGGCCUACGAAGCUCAGAUAUCCCAGGCCUACACCCCCAUCGUAGCUCCAUCUUCCCAAUCUAUUAAUAACCAAUCGCCGGUCAUGCCCUCAUCCGUAGCACCGCCACAAUCCAUCGUCAGCCAAUCGGCAGGUAAUUCUGCUGCACCGCCCCCUCCCAUGGUCAGUCAGUCGCAGGUGAUCCCCUCCGCAGGGUCCAGCCGGCCACUGCUCUGCUGUGACGACACUGGCUACGACGUCGCCGCCGGCCACACCUCCUACGACCAGCCCGGUGCCUCCGCCCACAAGUACAACUCACCUCCCACUCUCAAGGUGCCGCACCAUCACCACCACCACGCCCACCACCAUCACCCACCGCCUCCCCUCGAUGAGCCUCCUCCGCCGCCACCACCUCCACCACCACCACCCCCGCCCGCCCACAAGUACGACCUACCACCCCCGCCCCACCAACAAGAGUACGACGUCCCUACGCCCACAGCCGCCCCUACCCACGAGUAUGACCCACUCCCUCCCCAAGUCCCGGUAGUAGACGACGAGUCGCCCCUGGUGUACCCCAGCAUGAGCGCCGGACCCCUGGCCGACCCCACGCCCAUGGCUGACCCCUCCCUCACCCCUGGCUACUUCCCCCACUACCCCCUGGAACCCCAGUCCAACCUCGACUCUCACGACCCCUUAGAUUACAGCGUCCUUGAGGCCCUGUUUGAGGGAUCCUCUUACCCCUCCUCUGCUGAUGUUGGCGGCCCUGACGCCUACCAGGACUACCAACAUUACUAG